UAUGUUAGCCAGUCAAGCCGCCGCCGCCUCGUGGGUUAUGUGUGUCAGCAGUGUUAGUGCCAUUAAUGUUUUUAUUUUCAAUCUUUAUGCUGUAAACUAUUGAAACACAAAAUUAUCAAUGACAAUGUGAACUUUUUAAGCUAAUGUGACCGUAAUUUAAAUAUGAAUACGAUCGUGUUUAAAUUAAAAUAAAUCUAAGAGGUUUGAAUUACGUAUAAAAGAUGACAAUAUUGAUUUAUGACUAUUGCGAGUUGGAGGAACGCGCUUCCAGGCAUCUCAACGCGUGGAAAGCAUGGCAUUUGGUACUCUAUUCCGUUGCUGGAAUAUUCGGUAUCCUGAACUACGUUUUCCUACAGGAAACGAUGCAGUUGGUUGACAAUAACUGUGUGUUGAGACCUCGUGAGCUCGCCUUCAGGAUGGUUGAGUUGCCAAAUAAUACUGCUGAAGAUGCGUAUAACUUCAAAGAUCAGUCCAGCAAGCACAAAGUUGAUGCUAAUAUAGUGACUGAUGGGAGCGACUCGACGUCUAAUGACGAAACGAAUAAAAAUAAAAGACAAGCGAUGGAUAUAGUCGACCAUCCUGAAGUUGAAGAAGAGAACGUCACCAUGUUGACAGGUAACGAAACCCACCGAUUAAUGCUUGACACAUCUAGGACUCUGUUCGCUCGAGACAAUGACUGCCAGUUUGUGGAGUAUAUGCCCAUCAUGUCAACGGUGUUCGCUGCUGUGUGGAUAACUUUCUUCACCAUGUGCCCUGGAGGUGGACAUUCAAGAUCAGGGCUGCAGCGUCCGUGGCGUAUCGUGGCUCCGGCACUGAUCUUCUCAUUGGUGCUGGUGGGGCUGACGGGACACAGCUUCAUACAGACCAACAGUGGCAUCCAGGACUUCUGUGUGGCCUUCUUUAAUGUCACUAAUACCACCACUUGUUCUGGUGCUAACGGGUACGUGGAGCGCGGUGUGCACGCGGAGUGGGGGCUGGGGGGGCGCGCGGGCGCGACGCGCGCGGCCAGCGCCGGCGUGUGGGCGAGCUGGGCGUGCGGCGCCGCGCUGCUGCUCGCGCGCUGUCUCUCCGCCAGGGACUUCGUCGUCAAACGCACCGCCGUGUACCUCGCUGAGGACCCACAACAGAAAAUAACUCCGUAUUUAAAGAAAACGAAACGUCGAAAGUCUUCCCCGAACUCGCCAAUCGUCAAAGACAAUGUAUCGAUCAGAUCGGAGCCGACAGCGACCACGGAGCUGGUGACGGCCUCAAUAGAUCCCGGACAGGAGACCACGGUCAACACGCCAGAAGUCACGCCGGUCAAAAGACCACUCAGAGCAGAUAUCAUUGAAAUGACAAACUCACCGCAACUGACCAAAUAAAAAUAUUUUUGUUUAUUACAAAAAAUCAUAUAAAGGUUAUCUAAUUGCUAAAGAACCAGAUAAAUAAUUUCUACCUAUAAAACAUGGCUGGUGUUUAAGUUGGCACGUCGUCUAGAUGAGAAUUCUUGUUACUGACGUGCCAACUAUUAAUGUUAUGACCAAUUUGACCUGCUAACUCAUAAAAACGGUACAUGAAAGUAUCUUUUUUUUAUUUCUAUUAUUAAAUACGAAUUAAGUAUCUACUUAUAUUUCGAAUUAUUUUUAUAUGUUUGUGGAUCUAUCUGUAUGUGGUAUUCAAUAAGAUCAAUCGCUUUCGUUAUUUUAAGUAUACAAUAUUUUGCACGCUGUUUUAACAUGAAUUAUGUAAUAAUGAAAUUUAUAGGAAAAUCCUAUUGUAAAUUUCUGUAAUAUGUGCUACAAUCCAAUGCUCAAAAUAUUAAUUAAAAUUAUAUUAAAUGGCUAACAUUUAAAAACGCGCUCAGAAACGCUCAAAAUGAAAGCUUAUUGUGUAUUGAUCACAUCUAAAAAUAUUAUGUAGAUCUUACAAUUUUGUUAAUCGUUUUACGAUGUUUUUCUAUUUUUAGGCCC